UGCUGCAUUUAAAUCCACAUCUUAUCAUAUAAGACGCAACAUGCUCCUCGAUUCUUGUAUGACUUUGAGCGUUGGUUUUAAAGUCAUGGCAUGUUAUGCAGGAAUGAUUCUUUCGUUCACUACCGGUAUGCACGGUAAAGGCUGAACCGGAGGGGCUGUCUUUACGCACGUGCGCCGCCCCACCGGAGACGCGCGAGCGGACGCGGGUGCGCACACCGGAGUCAGCGCGCGGAGUGUGUGUGGACGUCGACUUUAGAUUGAUAAAAAAAAGACACGUACAGAAACGAAACACCUGACCGUUUUCUGUUUUCCACCGGCCGUGUCAUCCGCCAGCUGUCGCGUUUCUCUCUCCACAGACUGCGUUCACACCUCGCGCAGGAUUGCAGUGCGCCGCGCUCCGUAAACAUCCGUGAAUGGAAAGCAUCUGCAUAACACGCGUAUAUUUGCUCCUGAAUCGUCUGCAUUUUUGUGACCGAUCGGCUGGACACCGGGACAGCAGAUUUUAGGGAAGAUGGAGACCUUCUUCGCAGAGGGUGCUCGGGUGUGGGUGAAUCAUAAAGAUCAGCUGCUGCCGUCUACGGUGAACUCCUGUGGAGAUGGAACGCUGGUACUCACCACUGACUACGGGGAGGUGCUGUAUCUUCAGCAGACAGAGAUCAACAGAGACAAGGUGUCGUCCAUGCAUCAGAGCAGCAUUGAUGGAGUGGAGGACAUGUCAACACUGGCUGAACUUCAUGAAGCUGCCAUCAUGCACAACCUCCAUCAGAGAUACCAGAAAGACCACAUCUAUACAAACAUUGGUUCUAUACUGGCGGCUGUGAACCCGUAUAAGCCAAUCACAGGUCUGUAUGAGAUCUCUGCCGUGGAGCUGUACAGUCAGCAUCAUCUGGGUGAACUGCCGCCUCAUAUCUUCGCUGUGGCCAAUGAGUGUUAUCGCUGCUUAUGGAAGAGACACGACAGCCAAUGUGUGCUCAUCAGUGGUGAAAGUGGAGCUGGGAAAACAGAAAGCACCAAACUAUUGUUACAGUUCCUGUCUGUCAUGAGUCAGAACUCGGCCGGGACGCCACCGACAGAGAAGAGCACACGUGUGGAGCAGGCCAUCGUACAGAGCAGCCCCAUCAUGGAGGCAUUUGGAAACGCCAAAACCGUCUAUAACAACAACUCCAGUCGCUUUGGGAAAUUUAUUCAACUUCAUUUUUCACAGAGCGGAAACCUUCAGGGCGGAUGCAUCGUCGACUAUUUGCUUGAAAAGAAUCGAGUGGUCAGACAGAACCCGGGAGAGAGAAACUAUCACAUCUUUUACGCUUUGCUGGACGGUGCAAAUAAAAGCCAGAAGGAGACAUAUUUACUGGAAGAUUCCCCUGAAUGCUUUCAUUACCUGAGCCAGUCUGGAUGUGUGAAGGAUCGCAGUCUUGACAACAAACAGCUUUACGAUGACGUCAUGGAGGCUUUGAAGGUGAUGGAGUUUUCGGAGGAGGAGAUCAGAGACAUGUUUAAACUCUUGUCUGGAGUUCUUCAGCUUGGUGAUGUUGAGUUCAUGACAGCAGGUGGCGCUCAGAUCACCACUAAACAGGUUCUGAGUAAUGUGAGCGAUCUUCUGGGUCUGGACUGUUUCCAGCUGAAUGAGGUUCUGACGCAGCGUUCAAUGAUCCUCAGAGGAGAGGAGAUCUGCUCACCGCUCACUGUCGAACAGGCGAUAGAUUCCAGGGAUUCGGUUGCCAUGGCGCUGUACUCCCAGUGCUUCUCGUGGAUCAUCAUGAGAAUUAAUCAGAAGAUAAAAGGCAAAGACAAUUUUAAAUCCAUCGGGAUUCUCGACAUCUUCGGCUUCGAAAACUUUGAGGUGAACCGCUUCGAACAGUUUAACAUUAAUUAUGCCAAUGAGAAACUUCAAGAAUAUUUCAACAAACACAUCUUCUCUCUGGAGCAACUGGAGUACAACCGGGAAGGGAUUCAUUGGGAAGCUAUUGACUGGAUGGAUAAUGCUGAAUGUCUGGAUCUGAUAGAGAAGAAACUGGGUAUGUUAGCUCUUAUCAAUGAAGAAAGCCGAUUUCCCAAAGGCACUGACUUCACCCUGCAGGAGAAACUACACAGCAGACACUCCACGAAUCCUUACUAUGUGAAACCCAGACUGGCAGAUCAUCAGUUUGGCAUUAAACACUAUGCUGGAGAGGUCUUGUAUGACGUGAGGGGUAUUUUAGAGAAGAACAGAGACACAUUUCGAGAUGAUAUCCUGAACAUGCUGAAGGACAGUCGACUGGAUUUCAUCUAUGAUCUGUUUGAGCAAGUGAACAGCAGGAACAACGAGGAAACUCUGAAGAUGGGCACGGCAAGAAAAAAGCCCACCGUCAGCUCUCAGUUCAGAGACUCUCUUCAUUCCCUAAUGGCCACUCUCAGCGUGUCCAACCCCUUCUUUGUGCGAUGCAUCAAACCCAACACGGAGAAGACGCCGAACAAGUUUGAUCCAGAUGUGGUUUUGAAUCAGUUGCGUUAUUCUGGUAUGUUGGAGACGGUGAAGAUCCGCAGAGCUGGGUUUCCCGUGCGCCGCACGUUUAAAGAUUUCUUCAGCAGGUAUAAGAUCAUUCUUAAAGAGAAAGAAAAGGCCGCCAUGUCCUCCAACGGAGAUGAGAAGAAGAACAGCACAGAUCUGCUGAUGGUUUAUGACGGGACUAAGAAGGAUUGGCAGCUCGGGAAGAGCAAAGUGUUCCUAAAGGAACCUUUAGAACAGAAGCUGGAGAAGCAAAGAGAUGAAGUGAGGAGUAAAGCUGGACUGAUCAUACGAGCCUAUAUUCUCAGAUACAUCGCAAGAAAGAACUAUAAGAAAGCGCUGACCAGCAUCGUGAGAAUCCAGAAGAACUACCGCGCUCAUCUCUAUCGCCGACGGUUUCUACGGCAACGGUCGGCCACACUGGUCCUCCAGAAACACAGACGAGGACAGGUGGCUCGAGGAGUCUGUCGCAAACUCAGAGAGGAGAAGAAGAAGAGAGAAGAGGAGGAGAGGAGAAGGAAAGAGGAGGAGAAGAAAAAUGAAGAAGGAAAGAAAGCAACGGCUGAGGCUCCUUGUUCUUCUUCUGAAGAGAGUCGUCAGAUGGAGGAGAUCCUGCAUUUGGAGCGAGAGAUCCAACGUCUGCAGAAGAAAAGAGAAGACGGCGUGUCCAUGCUGUGCGAGAGCUCCAAACAGGAGCUGCGUUUACGGCGUGACGCCGAGACCUUACGUCAGAAGAAAAAGGCCUCCCGCGCCGCCACCGAAUUCUAUGACCUGUUAGACACCGGCGGCCCAGAGGUCAUCCCCGGUUCUCCCAAACGAUCCGCCUCCAGACCCACAACCUCCACAGAGGAAGAGGUAGACGAGGGCUUCCACGCGGAGGAGGAGUGCGUCGCUCUCCAGCGGUUUCCUCCACCUAUAGAAGGUCCUGUGGACGAGGGGAUUUUAGGCUCUCUGCCUCCUCCGCCUCCUGACUUUGCCGAGGGUACGGUGGCUCCGUCUGCUCCCAACGUGCCCCCCGGAGCUCCGCCCCCGCCUCCGCCCCCUCCACCUCCUCCACUCCCUGGAGAAGCUAAAAACGAUGCAGAAAAGCCCGUGGAGUCUAAAACAGUGAAGGCGGAUGAUGAUGAUGAUGAUGAGAAGAAGGAGGGAGAGGAUGUGGAUCGCUCCAGCAGGGUUACAGCAGCCGAAUCUCUACCGGACGCAGAAGAACCCAUCUACAGUGUGCCGGGAGACGGGGAGUCAGACUACGAUCAGGAUGAGCUGGAGGACGGACAGAGCAGCAUCGCAGCGACGGACGCAGAACACGCACGCAAAUCCACCUGCACCAACGCAAGCCAAGAGUCUUACAACCGCAGCUCAGAUUCUUACGCUGAGAGUGAUGAAGAUCAUGAUGGAGGUGUGGACACAGACGAAGAGGUGUCCAAUGGUAAAGUCAACAUCUUGAACGGGAACGGACCCCCGUAUUUCCACAGUUACCUCUACAUGAAGGCUGGUCUGAUGAUCCCGUGGCGCAGGCGUUGGUGUGUUCUGAAGGACGACACAUUCAUGUGGUUUCGCUCGAAGCAGGAGUCGCUGAAGUCAGGCUGGCUGUAUAAGAAGGGCGGAGGUUUGUCCACACUGUCGCGCAGAAACUGGAAAAUGCGCUGGUUUGUCCUGCGUGACACCAAACUCAUGUAUUAUGAGAACGACAGCGAAGAGAGACUGAAGGGAACCAUCGACAUCCGCUUGGCCAAGGAGAUUGUUGAUAAUCACGAGAAGGAGAACGCUCUGAAUAUCGUGACAGAUGAGAGAACGUAUCAGGUGUUCGCCGAGUCACCGGAGGACGCCAGCGGUUGGUUUAACAUGUUGAGUCGGGUGGCCACCGCCACACCAGAGCAGCUGAUGGAGAUGUCUCACGAACAGGCUAACCCGAAGAACGCGGUGGGCACGCUGGAUGUUGGAUUGAUCGACUCCGUGUGUGCUUCAGAUAAUCCUGACAGGCCCAAUUCAUUUGUGAUCAUCACAGCCAAUCGUGUGAUUCACUGUAACUCGGAUCUGCCGGAGGAGAUGCAUCACUGGAUCAGUCUCUUACAGAAACCUAAAGGAGACACAAAGACGGACGGACAAGAGUUUCUGCUCAGAGGUUGGCUUCAUAAAGAGGUGAAGUCGGGGGCUAAGAGCUCGGCUCUCAAACUGAAGAAACGCUGGUUUGUCUUGACCAACAACUCUCUGGAUUACUUCAAGUCUUCUGAACGCAGCGCAUCAAAGAUGGGCACUCUGGUUCUGAACAGCUUGUGUUCUGUUGUCCAACCUGAAGAGAAGACAUUUAAAGAGACGGGUUACUGGAACAUCAUCGUUCACGGGCGGAAACACUCGUAUCAUCUGUACACAAAGGCGCUGAAUGAGGCGAUGCGCUGGGUGUCUACCACACAGGGCGUCAUCGACAACAAACCUCUCAUUGAAACACCCACACAGCAGCUCAUAAGAGACAUCAAGGAGAACAGCGUGAACUCCGAGGCCGUGGAACUGAUGUAUCGCAGAAACCCCAUCCUGAGAUAUACCCAGCAUCCCCUGCAUGCACCUUUGCUGCCACUGCCGUACGGAGAGGUCAACGAACCCCUGCAAAAGGAGAAGGGCUACGGGAGCCUGCAGGACGAGGCGGUGAAGAUCUUUAACUCGCUCCAGGAGAUGGAGAUCGUCUCAGACCCCGUGAACAUCAUCCAGGGCAUCCUGCAGACCUGCCACGACCUGCGGCCACUCAGAGACGAGGUGUACUGUCAGCUGAUCAAACAGACCAAUCACGUGCCGCAGCCCAACAGCCCGGCGAACCGUGCGCACUGGCACCUGCUCACCUGCAUGAGCUGCACCUUCCUGCCCAGCCGUGCCAUCCUGCGCUACCUCCGCUUCCAUCUGAAGAGGGUUAGGGAGCGUUACUCUGGCACCGAGAUAGAGAAGUACGCACACUUCAUCGGUGAGUCUCUGAAGAGGACAAAGACGCGGGAGUACGUGCCGUCUCAGGACGAGAUCGCCGCCCUGCUGGUCAGACAAGAAAUGACGACGACUGUGUACUGUCACGGCGGAGGAUCCUGCAAGAUAUCCAUCAACUCCCACACGACAGCUGGAGAGGUGGUGGAGAAGCUGAUUCGUGGUCUGGCAAUGGAGAACAGCAGGAACAUGUUCUCUCUGUUUGAACACAAUAAGGUGGCGAGUCGAGCUAUAGAGAGUCGUGUGAUUGUGGCUGAUAUUCUAGCAAAGUUUGAGAGGUUGGCGGGCGGUGAAGAGGAGGAGGAGGAAGGACCCUGGAGACUUUAUUUCAAACUCUAUUGUUUUCUGGACGUUGAAAGCAUGCCGAAAGAAGGAGUGGAAUUUGCCUUCAUGUUUGAGCAGGCUCAUGAGAGUUUGAUCAACGGUCAUUUCCCGGCAUGUGAGGACACUCUUCAGCACCUAGCGGCUCUGCGUCUGCAGUACAUUCACGGGGAUGUGGCCCGUACGCCCUGGAGUCUGAGCAGCGUGUAUCCGGUGGGUCGACUCCGCACGCGGAUCCUUCAGUCCACUAAAGCCGGAGCGACCGGAGUCCAGGGGGCUUGUAUGGUCGGCGCCGGAGUUCACACGUUAGAAAGGCGGAAGGCAAACUUUCUGGACGGCACCUUGAGACGCAGCUUUAAGACGGGAUCUCUGAAGAAACAGCGUGUGGAGGAGGAACAGAUGCUGGAGAUGUUCGUGAAGGAGGAGAUGUCGGCCACUCUCGCCAGCGUGUUGGAGAAAUGGAGUCGUCUGCAGGGAAUGCCUCAGCAUCAGGCCAUGCUUACGUACAUGACCGUCAUUAAAGAAUGGCCGGGAUAUGGAUCCACACUCUUUGACGUGGAGUGUAAGGAGGGAGGGUUUCCUCAUGAUCUGUGGUUGGGUGUAAGCGCUGAAAACGUCUCGGUGUACAAACGCGGUGAACCCAAACCUCUCGAGACCUUCCAGUACGAACACAUCGUUUUCUUCGGAGCGCCUCAGCCCAGCACUUACAAAAUCAUCGUGGAUGAACGGGAGAUGUUCUUUGAAACGUCUCAGGUGGGUGAGAUCACAAAGAUCAUGAAGGCGUACAUCAACAUGAUUGUGAAGAAGCGCUGCAGUGUCAUGUCCAUCACCAGCAACAGCAGCGCAUGGAUGAGGUGAUGGAAAACCAAUCAGAGAGCUGAAGGACCGUGACGUCAUCACAGCGGAGAAACGGCCGAGCGUGGAUCGACUAACACAACAGCCGCUCCAGCUUACUGAUGAUCCAUCGUGACCAGUUUUACUUUGACAAAGCACAACGACACAAGUCUUAUCUGUUCUCCGCCAGCACUGACUCAUCAGCAAACCCCGUUAGUUUCUUUCCAUUUCUUGUUUCCUAACACUCACACGGCAGGUCUGGAUAUUGUGUUUGUGUGUGUGAUUUGUGGAAUUCACACGCGGAGUUGUUUUAUAAAGCCGUGACCGCUGAGGGCUGUGUUUCUGGAGCGUCGCUUCAUCUGAUCUGUGCACAUCAGCUCAUAUUUGAGACCUUUCACUCAUCAUCAAAAGCACAACAAACCGUUUUUGUUUUAUUAAACAGCGGCGGCUAUACAUGAACGUGCUGACGUGGUACAUUUGAUAUGAAGACUCAGAGUUUGCGUGUAAAUUUUCCUCCAGCGACCCAAGACUUUUAUUCUGUACCGAUGCACAGCCGCCUGAAUGAGUGAUGUGAUGUUCAUCCGUGCUCUACUAUACAGACGGAGUAAUGGUGGUGUUUUAUAUAAAGCAGGUCUUGACUGUCUGCCCAAUGCCAGCCGCCAACAGAUAAGUAUUCAACUCAAGAUUUGGUAAGCAUGUCUUUGUAUCGUUUCACUACACGGAUGGAUUGUACGACACUACACUGUUGUCAUGUGACAGAUGGCAGUUCUGUUAGUUGGAGAUGUUUGGGUUAAACUGAGGUUAUAUUAGUUCAACCAUAGCCGCCACAAACUAUGCUUCUUGCUCAUUGGUUACUGGUGGUGUUGGGGGAGGGACAUUGUCAUUAUUUAUUAUCCUUUGAUUGGACAGAAAUAUGUGACAAACUGAGCAUUUUUGCUUCAUUUCCAGGGAUCAGAAAGACCAUUUUAAACGCAUAGAUGUCAUACAUUACAAUAUAAAUGAUCUAUAAACCUUCAAUUCAACUGAUCUCAUGAUGCAUUUCUGUUCUCAUGAAUCGACCGGCCCGUACCAAAUAUCCAAAGUGACCCGAUAAACAUUACCGUAAAACAUUUGAGACCAUGUCACGUGGACGUUGAACAUUAUUUUGCUGUCUGGCAUUUUAUCAUCUACUGCGAGGCCAAACCAACCUCGUGUCUUAUCACGGCUGAAUUCUUUGGUAUUCUGACCAGUUCCAGGCAGUUGUCAUGUGGUCAUACAGCCGGAGAGAGACGUAACAGAGAAAAACAUCAUCUUUUUCUUUAUUUUUUUGGUGUAUGAGUAUAAUCCUGCAACAGUACUUGUGUAAUUUUGCUGUUUGAUAUGCACAUGAUAUUUGUCCGUGUACUGCAAGCUCUUUUGUGAACGUGUGUUUUGAUUUAAUGAUGGAUUGACACAAAGAAGAGAAAAGAUGAUGAAAAUGUUUAUGCAAUGAAGCGUCUGUGUAUGGGUGUUUCUGAGUUAUGAUUAUAUUUAUGAAAUAUAUAUCUGGACAGGGGUCAUUGAAGGUUUGCUGUGUUUUUCUGACAUGAUAUAGUGUUAUAUGAUACGAUAGUGUUAUAGAUGAUAUUUGCAGAAGAGGGCAUUGUGAUACCUGUCAUGGGCAAGAGGACAUUUAUUGUGAUGAUGAGGAUGUGUGUGUGUGUUAGAAGCAGGUGGUGUGUCCCCUUCCAUCACAGUUGUCUGUCUCUUCAGACAAAUUAAUUUUCAAUUGAGAACAGAGCAGCCGAAAAGAAUCAGGUGCUACAGCGCAGUUUCACUCUGCCUCAUAUACACACGCUAACGCACACACACACAGACACACACACACACACAGAUCAGUAUAACACACACACACACAGAUCAGUAUAACACGCACACACAUUCAGAUCAGUAUAACACACACACACACACGCACACACACACACACACAGGGAUCAGUAUAACACACACACACACAGGGAUCAGUAUAACACACACACACGCACACAUAGGGAUCAGUAUAACACACACACACACACACACACACACACAGGGAUCAGUAUAACACACACACGCACACAGGGAUCAGUAUAACACACACACACACACACACACAGAUCAGUAUAACACACACACACACAGAUCAGUAUAACACGCACACACAUUCAGAUCAGUAUAACACACACACACACACGCACACACACACACACACAGGGAUCAGUAUAACACACACACACACAG